AGGUGUGGAGAAGUAUAUUGUUAGGGCAGGUGCUGUCCUUACUUCUAAGUGGAAAAUGUAUUUUGACCACCUUAUUACAAAGUGCGACCUGGCAGUUUCCAACCACUGGCCAGCUAAUAGUGCCGUAUUUAGUGAUUUUCAUUUUAUUCACUCCUGUAUUACUAUGUAAUGGAGCAAAGAACUCUAUUGCCAGCAGCUGGCUCAUAAUUCUACUAGCAUGUACAUUGGAUGUGGAAGCCAGUUGGCUUCUGGUGAAAUCACAGAGGUUCACAUCGGUACUUAGUUGACAGCUGCUAGCGUGCAGUGCAGUUGGAGUGGCCCUGGUGGGCGGGGCUUGGAGGGGGCAGAGGCUUGGUGUAGUGCAUGUGGCCGGGGCUACGCUGGGCCUGAUGGCUGUGGUGUGCAUUGUGUGGGUGGAUGUGGAAGGGGCACCCACUGAUGGUAAAAACCAGCUAGUAGGAGACAUGCUAUGCCUCGGAGGCUCUCUGCUCUAUGCCGUUGUAACGGUGCUCCAAGAAGUGAUACUCCAGAAGCAUUCCUGCUCCGUGUACCUAGCUCUGCUUGGCUUAAUCGGCACAGUUGUAUCCGGGACCCAGACUUUCUUCCUUGAUUACAAUGAACUGUUAUCGUUUUACUGGUACGACUUGGAUACAAUAGUACAACUGGGAAGCUACUGGUCUGUGCAGACUGUGUUUCAGAUACUGCAGAGCUUUAUGUUAAGAGAUGCUGGGUCAAUAAUACUGCACCUGUCGUUUUUGUCAGCUGAUUACUAUACUUUGAUAGCUGGGAUGUUUAUAUUUCAAUUUAAGUUCCACGGCCUAUACCUGGUCUCGUUCUUCCUGUCGAUGGUGGGCGUGUUUCUGUUCAGCUCGCGCGUGACGUCACCGCCCGCGUCGCCGGUCGCACAUCUGCCCAAUCUGGUCAACGAGACCAUGCCCUCGCAGGAUAAUGUGUCAAUGGAGUACACAGUACCGACGCUCGACUGCAUCCCUAUAGAAGGCCUGGAGCCCCCGAUGAGUCGAGACACCACCUUCACCUCAUUCCUCGGCGGACCGCAGGCAAGUCUUCCCAACGGCUCCAUAGCAUUCGGACACGCUAACGGUAACACCAGCUUGAAGGAUACCUAGUAUGGUUCAUGAUGUGAUAAUGGUAUAGUUGUAUUCUGCUUAGGACAUAGAUUAUCUAUUCUUAGGAUAAUGUACUUGAAUAAAGAAACGAUUGGAAAUGGUGGAUGGAAUCGUGCUAUCUUGCUGUAAUCAUAGAUUAUAAUCUCCUUACUCUCUCAUAGGGGGGCCUUUGCCCAGCACUGGGACACUAACAAGGCUAUGUAAAAAGAACUCUCUGAAGUAACGGCCGCCAUUUUGUUAUUGUUUCUUUUAACAGAGCAAGGGUGAUCUUACACUUACCCUCCUUGUUUUGUGCAUAAUAUUAUGUUUUAGUAAAUCACAUAUUUCUUUUGUUUUUACUUAUUGGUAGGUUAGCUAAAUCAGGUUUAGUAGUGGACCGGUGCAGGCAG